AUGGAAGGCAAGGAAGAGGUGGUGAAGACGAUGGUUCCAUCACAACAACCAGAUAUCCAACUCAGCAAUGUUGAUGUGAAACACUACUCUUCUCCUGAUGACUUAGAGACCUUCUACGUCAAACUCACUGACUUGUUGGACUCCUCUGGAUUCACUCUCAUUUUGAAUGUCCGAGAAACACGCAUAGACUUGUACCAGUUUUACUUGGAGGUCACCAAAAGAGGAGGUUAUCACCAGGUUGGUAAAGAAAAGAAAUGGGGUGAAAUUGUGUCUGCUCUAAAACUGGAAGGAAACAAUGUAAAGUUAUGUUUACAAGUUGAAAAGCUCUAUGCAAAUCUUCUUUACAAAUUUGAGAAAUUUUACUUCUACAGGUUUCCUGCCACCACCAAAGGUUCAGGCAAAAGGAAGCAGAGCUCAACCACAAGUUUGUCCCAAUUAAUGGAUGAUGGAGAUUAUCCGACAGCGGCAGAGAUAUCUAAGGACUAUCCUUUCGAAAUGACAGCAAUACCUGAAGUGCUUCUACAAACACCAUCAAAGGACAAAGAAAGGAAGAAGAAGCGAGGUGCUCCAAUAGGACGAAGUGGAUAUCAAAUUUUCCUCAAGCAUGAAUGUGCCCGGUUAAAAGCUUAUCGUCAGGAUAUAGAUGGAAAAACACUCAUGCGCGUGGCUGUCGAUGGAUGGAAUAACUUGUCAGACAUUGAUAAACAGCCGUAUUUGGAAGAAAGCAAGAAGAUAAAGGAACAAAAGAAGGAAGCAAUGAUGACUGAAAAUAAUAAACAGAAGAGCACUCAAGACCUUAAGAAGGAUGAAAAGAAGCCUAAUGUGUAUUGUUGUGAUUACAACUCUGAAACUUUGCAUCCUCAAGCAAAUUACCCUCUCGCUAACAAUGCAGCAGUGGAUUUGGCUUUUAAAAUGACAGAAAAAACAUCCAAGGAUCCCUUCUUCCCAUUUGAUUUGGAUGCUUAUCGUUCCGUAGAUUUGCUAACUGGGAUAGCAACCGGAGAAUCCAAAUAA